AUGACCCCUCCUCCCUCCUCCUGUCUCCAAGAAGGAACCAUGUGUGAAGGCAACAGGACGGCGGAUGCUAAUAAGCCCCAUUUGGUGCCCUUGGUGGUGGUCCUGAGCAGCAUCUCCCUAGUCACGGUGGGGCUCAACCUCCUUGUGCUCUACGCAGUGAGGACAGAGAAGAAACUGCACACUGUGGGCAACCUGUACAUCGUCAGCCUCUCCAUAGCUGAUCUGAUUGUGGGAGCAGCUGUCAUGCCCCUGAAUAUCGUGUACCUCCUGAAAUCCCUAGAACGGCCCCUCUGCCUCUUCUGGCUCUCUAUGGACUACGUAGCAAGCACAGCCUCCAUCUUUAGUGUCUUUAUUCUGUGCAUUGACCGCUACCGCUCUGUCCAGCAGCCUCUCAAGUACCUAAGGUAUCGCACCAAGACCAGAGCGACAGUCACCAUCUUGAUCACCUGGUUCCUGGCCUCCCUGUGGAUCAUCCCUAUUCUGGGCUGGAAAAGCUUUUGGUCAGAUAACGACCAAAGCAAACCAUCUAAUGACAGUGCCACCGGGAACAAGUGUGAGACAGACUUCUACAAGGUCACUUGGUUCAAGGUGAUGACUGCCAUCAUCAACUUCUACCUGCCCACCUUGCUGAUGCUCUGGUUCUAUUCCAAGAUUUAUAGGGCUGUUCGGCAACACUGCCAACACAGAGAACUCGUCAAUGGGUCUUUCCCAUCCUUCUCAGGUGGCACCAUGGAUCACAAAAAACACAAAGUCUGCCUCCCGAAGCAGGAGAAAAAUGCCAGCCUGGAGGCUUUGAAAAGGAAGCCAGAAGGCUCCUACUCUCACAUUAGUAGCAACACCUCCGUGAAGACCCAGGACCCAGCAAAGGAGUUGCCUCCAGGCAAGAACGCUCCUAAAAGUUCUGAACAAGAGGAUGAGGAGGUGAUGGUGAAAGACCACUUCUUCCCUACUGACAUUGUGCAGACUCAGGAUGGGAUGGAGGAGGCCAGAAGAUAUAUAUCCAUCCACCAGAACCAACCAGACCCCAAGGAGCUGCUCCCAGCCACUCAAUGUGCCAGUGAGACAUCUGAGGAGACCAUAUGUGCUGAGGCAUCCUCCCGCUCGAGAGACUUCAGUGCUGCCUCUGAGUUAGCCACCAGCAUGUCUACUGAAGACCAAGCCAAGAACAAAGCAACCUUUGGCCUAGAUUACCUGACAUUCACCUGGAAGAGGUUUCGCUCCCAUUCCAGGCAAUACAUAAAGGGUUUGCACAUGAACCGGGAGCGGAAAGCUGCCAAACAGCUGGGCUGCAUCAUGGCAGCCUUCAUUCUCUGCUGGAUCCCAUACUUUAUCUUUUUCAUGGUCAUCGCUUAUUGCACAAAAUGCUGCAAUGACCAUGUCCAGAUGUUCACCAUGUGGCUGGGCUACAUCAACUCUACCCUGAACCCCCUUAUUUACCCCCUGUGCAAUGAGAACUUCAAGAAGGCUUUCAAAAAGAUUUUCCGCAUUAGCUCCUAA